GUUUAUUUUCUGUUAAACGUGCAUUGAUCAAACUGUCAUUCCCCACCCGAAUUUGUUUUUUAUUCACGCAAAAAAUCCUGAAAUUUUGUUUAUAAAGAGUUUAGACAGUCUACGAGUCUAAACACAAAAAAAAAAACUUCGAGAAUGCAGCUAGAUAUUGCAGCGGACCCGAAAAGGCUGUGCCGGAUUUGCAUGGCGGGCGCGAACGAACACUUUGUGGACCUGUACGAUGCUGCCUCGUUCGGUCUGCCCAGUUUGCACGGGAUGCUGCGGACGAUUUGCGCUCCGGUGUUUGCAAAGCCCGAAGCCGAAGACGUCGUCGUCAUGCCGCAGAUGAUGCCGACGAAGGUGUGCUUGGAGUGCCGGAAUGCAACGGUAGCGGCCUACGACCUGCACCAGCAGUGCAUCGAAGCUGACCGUCGGCUAGGCGAGCUGAUAGCUUUGAUGUGGGAACUUCAGGGUCCCGGAGGUGAUGAGAUUGGUGACGAUUGUGUCGAGCAAGCAAAGUAUGAUGAACCGUGUGCUGCACCGGAACUUCCGGCUACGUCAAAAGAACAAACUCAGAAAGAGGAAAUGGUCGAUUCAGAUUCCUUGCUGAUGGAAGAAGUGCUUAACCGAGACGAAAAAUGCAGUGAGUGCGGCAUAUCGUUCUCGUCAUUUAUAGCUCACCGGAAGCACACCCAAGAGGGAAAUUGUCGUCGAACGCACACUUAUCCGUGCAGAAUUUGUGGAAAGGUCUUUGACAAGCAAACCAGACUGCAGUACCACAUGUACAGCCACAAGGAGCGCGUGGCUUGCGAGUGGUGUGACGAAACGUUCCGCAACCGAGGUGGUCUGUUGGUGCAUAUCAACCGUAAACGCUGCCCGGGUAAAAAGUCCCAGGAGGAACCGACAAGCAGCGCGGAAGUGCAAGAACAGGACGAAGAUGCCGCAAUCGACAUGCAAUGCAAGGAGUGUGGCGUUUCGUUUACGUCGAGCAAAGCGCAAAGAACGCACAUUCAAGAGGGAAAUUGCCAGCAAAGGCCAACCUUUCCGUGUACAAUUUGUGGCAAGACCUUCGACAAACUGAGCAGAAUGCAGUACCACUUGUACACCCACAGAGAGCGCUUCCCCUGCCCGAGGUGUGUGCAAACGUUCCGAUACAAAACUCAUCUGCGGAGGCAUCUCGCUAAUAAAAGUUGUAAAGUUAUGAAAGCGAGCAUCUCCCAGGACGUGGACACCAGUCAGGAGCCGGAAGAACACGAUACGAGCGAAGAUCCACUGUUGGCCAGCGAAAUCAAAGUUGAAGAACCGGAAAUCGAAGACGCAGAGACGGAAUUGGAGAGCAAAAUCCUAGCGGAGCAAAUUGCUGUCCCUGAGGAGGGGCACAAGAAGGAUGGAAGAUGUCUGCAAGAAUCGGAACAAUCGCCAAAGCCAUUUGCGUGUGACCUGUGUGAGAAAUCGUUUACUUCAGUCGUUGGUUUGGUGCACCACAAAAACAAACACGUCGAUCGAGGCUAUUGCGACAAAUGCAGAAAAUUGUUUAAAUCCAAGGCUGAUCUAGAGACGCACAUCGCAAGGGGAAUAUGUUUGGGUGAUAUGGCGAGGACCUGCUUGGUUUGCAAGAAACUCUUCGAAACGAUGGUGGAAUACAGAAAACAUCGUCGAGAGGCUCAUCAGGGACCCAUCGAUUGCACGGAUUGUGGUCGAACGCUAAGAAACUUUCAUUCCUUUUAUGUUCACGUAAGGGAAAGAUAUUGCAAGAACAUAAAAAAUCGAUCCGCCAAGGGAGGAAAGUGCAAAAUCUGCGGAGAAGUGCAAGCAUCCAUUCCACAGCUUAAACUGCACAUGAAAGCGAAACAUUUGGGCAAGAUCUUCCAUUGCGCCGCCUGCCAACUUCACUUCCCCACCCAACAAAAGUUCGAUGCACACACGGAGAAGCACGCCCAAAAAUUGGUCAAUAUUUGCCAAACCUGCAACACUAGCUUCCCCACGCUGGCAGCCCUGAAAAGGCAUAAGUUUACGCACAUGAAACCUGUAAAAUGCGUCGUUUGCGGGCGGGCCUUUAGCAGCAAAUAUCAUCUCAAGGUGCACAUGUCACACACACAUACGGGUGAAAACCCGCACGCCUGUGAACUGUGCCCGAUGCGAUUCAGGACGGUUGCUGGCAAGCAAAAACACAUGCGAACCCACUCGAGCGAAGUCAGCGACGAGAAGCAACGAGCGGAAGAAGCAGGUGCAGAUAUGGAGUAGGUGUGGAAAAGGUAAAAUUAGGGAGAGGGGGUAAUAUGCACCCCCUAAGGGAAAACUGCGAUUUCUCAACCAUUACAGCAUUACUGUGGAAGAAUUUUUUUCGAUGUACUAAAACAACUAUUAUUCUUCGUUAUCCAUUUGAAA